AUGUCUGCUGUUAAAGAUAACUCCCAAGUUUUUGGUGUUGCCCGUAUCUUUGCUUCUUUCAACGAUACUUUCGUUCACGUUACUGAUCUUUCCGGUAAGGAAACUAUCGCCAGAGUUACUGGUGGUAUGAAGGUCAAGGCUGACAGAGAUGAAUCCUCCCCAUACGCCGCUAUGUUGGCUGCCCAAGAUGUUGCUCAAAAAUGUAAGGAAGUUGGUAUUACCGCUGUCCACGUUAAGUUGAGAGCUACCGGUGGUACCAAGACCAAGACCCCAGGUCCAGGUGGUCAAUCCGCUUUAAGAGCUCUUGCCAGAUCUGGUUUAAGAAUUGGUAGAAUUGAAGAUGUUACUCCAGUUCCAUCUGAUUCCACCAGAAGAAAGGGUGGUAGACGUGGUAGAAGAUUGUAA